CACGAUCACGCAGCACACCCGUGCUGCCAUAAUCGCCAAUGCCUCCACGAAUACAGCCUCAUCGGCUGACGACUCAAUCAACAUGUCAGUGCUUCCGCACGCGGCCAUCCGGCCUCACUGAAGGCACCUCUGUCGCCGUUCCAUCGCAGCAGAAGCGCGACUUCCAUCCCAAAUCCAAGGCCACGAAACUGCGCCGUAAUAUGUGGGAAUGGCUCAAUGGACCUGGAAAAGCUUUUCGCGAUCCUCUACCGGGCAGCACAAAUUAUAUGAGCGCGUACGACAAGUACGGCAACUUGCUCCGUUCCAGAAGAGGACGGGAUAAUGCUCAGCGCGGAGGGCCUUCACCACCAGCACUGGAGGCAGAGAUCGACGUUCCUCCCGUCGAAGAAGAGGAAGAGAUCCAGCGCAAGGAAAGGCAAAAAGGAAUGGACGAAGAUGAAAUCACCGCCAACAAGGCGAAAAGAGAUGCACAACGAGCCGCGAAAGCUGAAAUCGAAUCAAGGAGUGGGCUACCCAAGGAAAGACCCAGCGACAUGAGGCCCUUCCCUCUCAAUCAGAAUUUCCGAUCGCAGAGUGUGCUGUCUGAAGAGCUGCGAGAAGAGAUCUACCGGCAAGUCGUGGCCGCUGGCGUUGAUAUUUCCACUGUCAGUGCUGCGUUUGGCAUUGACUUGAGGAGAGUCGGCGCCGUGGUGCGUCUGAAGAGCAUCGAAAAGCGAUGGCAAGCUGAGAACAAACCACUGGCCAAGGCGUACAAUGACGCCGUCUUAGCCAUGCUGCCACAAACGCCAUACAAGCCCAACGACCCCAGACAGCAGAUCUACGAGCACGAGACAGUCAAUGACCUUCCUGUGCAUCCGGCCACACGGCAACAACUCUUUGUACCAGUUUCGGAAUCACGUCAAUUCACGCGCGAAGAUGCUGCCAAAGCUUUCCACGACAAGCUUCUGCCCGCAGAUAAGCGUAUUCCUCAUCCGGAGCUCGUCACCCUCGAGAAGGAGCACCUGGCUGGCGUGAGCAGGUCUGAACGUUGGGCCAACCAGCAACAACGUGACGAGGCAGCGAGAGUUGCAAAGGAGAAGGCGGAGGCGAAGAAGGCAGCAUGGGAAGAGCGGACACAGAGGAUUGUGUCGACCCGGAGAUGGGAUUUCAAAUUUCAAGACAUUAGCGCGGAGAAGGUUGGAAAGAAUGGCAGGUCGAGAGAGGGUGUCGGUGCCCGCUAUGGUAUGCCGCACGAGGACCGCAAGAGAGGCAUGGUUAAGAUUCCCACGAGUGUUGAGUAAAGCUGUACAUUUCCAUCUGAGGUCUGGUCAGAGGCAGACAUACUUCCACUGUUCGACCUCAAUAUGUACAUUAGACAUACCACGACAGUUUCACGGAGAAUUGCAAGAUCCCCCUGCAUGUCUCCACACUGAAACUCUCCUGCUACGUAACUUUACUUCUUCCC